UCACAAUUUUUUUUUUUUUUUGGCCAAACGGUUUCAGAUUUUAUGAAACCAAAAACCGAACAUACACAAUCACUGACCUAAUCUUCCGAUCUUCGACGCCGCCUUGAGCUUUUGGCCGGAGAUGGAAUCCGUAGAAGCCGUAGAGAAGAUCUUAAACUACACAUUCACUGACAAGAAUCUUCUCAAAGAAGCUAUAACAAAAACCUCUGGUAGUAAUACUGAAUCAUCGUCUUUAUUAUUCGAACGACUUGAGUUCCUCGGCGAUUCAGUUCUUCUAGUCGUCUUCUCCAAUCACAUCGAAAUCACUUACCCUAAUCUCCAUCCCAACGAUUUAAACGAUGUACGAAUUGCAAACGUAAGUAACGAGACUUUCGCUCGUGUCGCCGUCAACAACAACCUCCACCAAUUCAUUAUAUUCGACGCUCCAAAUCCUCUUCUACAUAAAAUGAUUAAAGAUUUCUCAGAGGCGGUGAAGGAAGAAGUUUAUCCAGCUCCGUGUGGUGGAUUGGUGAAAGCUCCAAAAUUUCUUGCUGAUCUUGUGGAAGCAAUAGCUGGAGCUGUUUAUAUUGAUGUGGAUUUUGAUGUGCAAAGAGUUUGGGAGAUCUUUAGGGUUCUUGUGGAGCCAAUAUGUACAUUGGAUGAUUUACGGAAGCAACCUGAACGAACAUAUCUUAGGCUUUUAGGUUUGGGUGAUAAACUCGGAAAGAGAAUCGAAGUCUUGUAUACCAAAGCCAAAGAAGGAACCAAUAUACAUGUUUUUAAGGUCUAUCUUGGUGAUCUACUUAUAGCUUGGGAGUUGUUUCAGAUUUGCAAAAACAAUAACUGGCCGAACCCGAUUUUCAGUUUUGAGGAAGAAGGAGGGCCAAAAAUUGAGCAGAAAUUUGUUUGUUCAGUUAAUAUUGAGAUCCCAUCUGUAGAAAGUAUCUUUCACAUGAAGGGAGAUGCAAAAUCAACGAAAACGCAAGCACAAAACUCCUCCGCCUACUAUAUGAUAGGAGCCUUGAAAUCUUCACUAAUGAGUCAUGUCAAAAGUAAUCUGCCAAUAGAGAAAAGUUUAGAUGAGAAAAUCUCCUCUAAUAUUGAGAUCCCAUCUGUAGAAAGUGUCUUUCACAUGAAGGGAGAUGCAAAAUCAACGAAAGAGCAAGCAAAAAACUCCUCCGCCUACUAUAUGAUAGGAGCCCUGAAAUCUUCACUAAUGAGUCAUGUCAAAAGUAAUCUGCCAAUAGAGAAAAGUUUAGAUGAGAAAAUCUCCUCUAAUGAGUCUUGCCUGCCACAUGAAAGGAGCCUUGAAAGCCUCAGCUCAGAGAUUGAUUCUGAUCCAGUGAAAGCUGUGGAGAAGAUCUUGAAUUACAGUUUCACUAACAAGAAUCUUCUGAGAGAAGCGCUAACACACAACUCUUCUAACUUACUGCCAUUUCAGCGGCUUAUGUUUGUCGGCAAGGCGGGUAUUUCUCUCGCCUUCGCGAAUCACAUGUACCUCACGUACCCUAAGCUCGGACCAAAGGAGUUGACUAUGUUGCAAAAUGCAAAUACAUGUAACGACAGAUAUGCUCGUGUUGCUGUCAAGCGCGGCAUCUACCAAUUCCUUAAAUGCAAUGUUCGUACGUCAAAAAGACAGAUUAUCGAGUUCAUAAAGAUGCUGGGCAAAGAAGAUGACCCAGAUCCAUUCAGAUCUGUGAAAGCCCCAAAAAUACUCACUGACCUUGUAGAAUCUGUAGCUGGAGCUGUGUAUAUUGAUGUGAAUCGUGAUGUUAAAAGACUCUGGGAGAUCUUGAGGGGUCUUUUCGAGCCAAUAUAUACACUGGAUGAUAUACGGCGGAAACCUCAUCCACUUCUUACCCUUUUUUGUUUGGGAUAUAAACACGGCAAGCGAAUCGAGUUCAGGUAUCGUGAGUGUGAGAAGAGUUCAGGUAUGAACGAAGCCACUAUUACUGAGGUAUAUGUCGAUGAUAAAUUUAUAGCUUGUGGGAAGAGUUGUAAUAGAGCUGCCUCAAAGAUGAGAGCUGCUACGAUGGCGUUAGAGAAGUUGUCAGAAAGUAUGCCCAUUGAAUUGGUUAUGGAUGACAGCAUUGAAUAUGAAAAUUCAAAAAAGACGUUGAUUGAGAUUUGCAACGAGAGAAAGUGGCCGAACCCGAUUUUCAGUGUUGAGAGGUCUAGUAAAAGAUUUGUUUCUUCAGUUACGAUUGAGACUCCAACUGAGGAAGGUACCUUAUACAUCGAGGGUGAUUUGGAAAAAGGGAAAGAGAAAGCAGAAUACAACGCAGCCUCUCACGUGGUAAGAACUCUGAAAGCUUCUCCAUUGGGUCUUGUCGUAAGGAAUCUGAAGAGGAAGCAGAUAAGUUUAGAUGAGGAAGAGAUUGUUGUCAAAGAAAAUAAAGAUGAGCAAGAGAUUUUGCAUCGAAACAAGAGGAAGAGGAGAAGGCGAUGAUAGAUUUUUUUUUAACUUUUUUUGGUAUUUCUCUUUUGGGCAGUUUACAAAAGUGGAAAUGAGUUUUGAAGCUCCACUGGUAGUACUCGUCUAAUUCAUGCAUUUCUUUUUGUUUUACUUUUGGUUUGGUUUAGUGCUAAUAUAUGUAGAUUAAUCAGAAUUAUACUCUUUAUAUCCGUUUUCUGUUAGAUCACAAAAGUAAAUUUUGAAGAUUUGGCAAACGGUUGAGUUAAUUAAUCUGUUUUAUA